AUGGCUGGACGCCAUAGGUUUCCUACACCACUCGAAGAAGCUUCAACGUGGUACCUUCCGGACCCCGAAGACAACUAUUGCCGCUUCACAGGCGGGAAGAGCUUCGAGGACUUUGAAAAGCUCCCCGAGCACGAACGCCGUAGUGUAUUCCGCAGCUACUUGGCCGAGAAGACGCCUAUUUUAAUACAGGAGCCUAUUGCCUGGACCAGUCAAGAGAGCAUUGACUCGUUCUUGCUUCUGAAGAAUGAGGCUCGAGACAACGAGGCUGGACGGCGUCUGCUGCAAGAGGCUCGGCAAGUGUUCUACGAAGAAAAUUCCUUCAUAGUCCUCUGGAGCGACUUGGAUCGCUUUUUCGACGAUCUACUUGGCUGGUGGACCGACGCCACUCCGGUCGGGUCGCUGGUGCGAAAAAUCACAGUCAGGAUCGAAAGGCACGAGUGUGGAUGUGGAAACCUUGGGGACUAUCUGCAGCGCACCCGCCACUUUGCCACGAAUCUGGAAAGCAUCACAUUCGAGUGGUGGGAUUCUUGGAAGCAUUGGGAAGUGAACAAUAUCGAGGAGGAAUCGGUUGGAGAUGGCACAGAUGACGACGAGUCGGGCAGAACCCUGAAGGAGUCGUCCUCAAUUGGCAGGGUCUGGGAGUUCUGA